GGGUUUUCCCUCCUUGCAAGCAUGAUCGGGCCGUUUGGCGCGAUUGAUUUGGUGUACGUCGCGCCUCCGCCCCGUCUCUUGUCGUAUGUCUCCAGCGUCGUCCGCAACCUCACGCACCUCUUGGUCACAAACUUGGACGCGCAGCGCGCGUUUCGCGCCCUUUCCAUGCCCGUGCGGUACGCGCCAGUGCCGUCUUUGAUUUCCGCACUCGCGAACACGAGCUUCGUCGGCGGCAACAUCUUGUGCGGCGACGACAGCAGUCCGUGGAGUGUUCAGAAUGGAUUUUUUGUUGCAUUUAGCAGCACCAACAUGUGUCACUCGACGUUCACCGACAUGGUGCAGCCGACCCCGCUCAUGCCGCUCGUUGCCUUGCUUUCGAUGACGGCGUCGUCUCUAGACAUUGACAGCAUCUGCGCAUUGGACAUGCUGCAGCCAGCGACAUGUGUGCGGGAUCAUACGAGCUCACUGUCCUUUCUAGCGACCUACUUGAACGACAAUGCGACAACUUUCGCCUUUGAGACGGACGCGGUGGCCGACGACGUCAAGGCCACCGGGGUCGGGCUCGUACAGUUUCUCGUCACCUCGGGCGUGACGUCGCUGCGUCACUUUGCCCUUCUGGACCCGGAUGACCGCGCGUACAUGUACUAUGGAUGGUGCUACCUCUUCAAGUGGGCACUUGGCGAGCGCGAAGUCAUUUCGUUGGUUGGUGAUCACGGCCAAAUGACGGUUCUCUCCGGCAUGUCGCUGCCUCUGGCCAUGGUACCAGACCCACACGCGAUACCGCUCAGCUUUGCUCUGCUGACCCAGUACUGCGUCCAGUACAUUUCAAUCGUGCUCAUAUGCAUCAGCAGCCUCCUUGUGGUCUCCGCCUUUUACCACGGUGGGCGCAUGGAAGGGCUGAACCUCCUCUGCGUCAACCGCGUUGUUGGUAUGGUCUGGCUUGGCCGCCCGUUUGUGUUCUUGCGCAGUCUCUCGGCGAUCUGGCUCCUCAACACGAGCCCCCUCACGCUCGUGCAAGCGGGGGUGGGCACCUACUUUACGUCGCCGCCAUUAGCGUGGUUCAGCACGCUGCUCGCCACGUCCGAAAUGACGUGGUUUGUCUACGUCCUCAACGAUCUCUUCUCGUGUGGCACCAAGGAGUACACGUCGCAGUACGCCUCCAAGAGCUCCAAUCUCACGUGGCUCGUGAUUUUCCUCUGGACGCUGCAGUCGCCGCAGCUCUACGCCGCAACGAUAACGCGGAGUUGCCUCUACGAUGACAUGGACGCUGGCGUCCACUGCGUCUCGGGCAGCAUCGCGGUCGGGAGUCUUCGCCGCCUCGGCACGUCGAUUGGCCUCGUCCUCGCUUGCUUGGGCGGGAGCUACCUCGUUAUGCGCUGGUACGAGCCCACGCCGCGAAGACUGCAGGUGGAAACGCCGCUCUUGAACGCGCAGAGCUACUACCUGCUGCGCCUGCACCGGUGGCGCGUCGACGGGGUCCAGUACAUUGACAAGACGUCGGCGAUCAUGGCUGGACUGCUCUGCACCACAUAUCGCGGCCAGCACGUCGUCUUGGACAUCAAGUCGUGGCGCAUCUACGCAGUGCCCCUCACGGCAGCGCAGGCCCAACAUGGCCGUCUGCGGCACGCACUGCCGCUGUACCCUUGA